UCCCUUCCCUCCCACCCUGCCCUGCCUUCUCCCGCUCUGUUGCUGCCACCCUCUCUCUUUCUCUCGCUAGAGAACAUCUUCUCUUCUUUUCCGGCCAUAUACCCUGGCCAGUGAUCGGAGACACUCCGACUACUACACCUGAGAAAGAGAGGGUGAGCCAACACCAUGGGCCUUCUGGACAAGCUCUGGGACGACACCGUCGCCGGGCCGCAGCCGGAGAGCGGCCUCGGCCGUCUCCGGAAGCACCCGACGUUCGGCGGGUCCCGUCCGGCGCCUGAGGCGCCGACGAUCGAGGAGGCCCGCGUUUCCCGCGCCAUCACCAUCAUCAAGACCUCGAAUUUCCGCGACCUCGCCGUCGACCCUAACUCCGGCCCGGCCUCUCCCGUUGGCUCGGACGCUCCGGAGUCGCCUCUAUCAUGGACCCCUCGUGGGGAUGUAAAGAGAUUCAGGAGAAAAUUUCCAACCGAGUCGUUUGAGCGUGCUGAACCAAGAAGUCCUACCGUCUAUGAUUGGGUUGUAAUCAGUGCAUUGGAUCGAUGAGGAUGGGUUUUGAAUUUUUGUGCAGUGUUGGCAAGUAAACUUAGUGAAGGUGAUCCAAGAUAAGGGAAGAUCAUGAAGAGGGAAGGGAGACAGAGCUAGUUUCAUUUUGUAUUGUACUCUGUACAGCCCUAUGCUUCUCUUUCUUUAGGGUUUUUUUUUUUUUUUUAUCGAGUCGUUUGUGUGUUUUUUUUCUUUCAUUUCUUGUAAAUGGUGUCAUGUGGGGUCGGUAUAUUUUGCCCACUUUGUGGGUUCCUCUCUUCCCCUUUCCUCUUGUUAGUCUUCCCUACAUGCAGGAAGCCCUUUUGUAAUAUAUAUGAAAUGGGUCUCUACGUGUGAUGUAAAAAAAUGUGUGACUUGUUUCUCC